ACAUGCAACACACACACAAAAGAAAUUCAGUAUAUUUUGACGUUUCAAGAGUGUGUUGUUAUUUGUUGUGACGGAUUUGUACAAGUCAUGAGCGGAUGUCCGUAUUUUGAGAGGAGACAUUUGUUGUUUCAAAACCAACCUCUGGAGCAGAAAGAAGAGCAAGAUGCCUCUCAGUCAGGCGUCAACAAGGCCAGUAAAGGAGGCAUCAUCUAUGGAGACUACCUCAAGCUGGAUAAAAUUGUUACGGCCCAGGUGCUGCAGAGCGAGCUGAAGGGCAACAAGAUUCAUGAUGAGCACCUCUUCAUCGUCACCCAUCAAGCGUAUGAGCUGUGGUUUAAACAGAUUCUCUUUGAGCUGGAUUCAGUCCGCCAGAUCUUCAUUAAUGGACACGUGCGAGAUGAACGCAACAUGCUCAAAGUCAACACUCGCAUUCACAGAAUCGUGAUAAUCUUCAGGCUGCUGGUGGAGCAGUUUGCCAUCCUGGAGACAAUGACAGCCUUGGACUUUUUCGAUUUCAGGGAAUAUCUGUCUCCAGCUUCUGGCUUCCAAAGCCUUCAGUUCCGACUCCUGGAGAACAAGAUUGGAGUCCCCGAUAACCUGAGGGUGCCAUACAACAGACAGCAUUACCGUGACAUCUUCAAGGGUCGUGACGGCGAAUUGCUGCUCGCCGCCGAGCAAGAGCCCACACUCUUGAAACUGGUCGAGGAGUGGCUGGAGAGAACCCCUGGCCUGGAAACAGAUGGUUUCAACUUUUGGGAAAGUCUGGAGAGCAACAUCUUUAAUGGCCUUGAUAAGGAAGAGCAAAACAUUGAGCAAAUGUCUGACUGUGAGGCGAAAGAGGAGAUGAUGGCUGAGUUGCUGAAGCAGAAGGAAGUGUUCACUUCCUUGUUUGACAUCAAGCGUCACGAGCAUCUGCUCAGUAAAGGUGAGAGGCGGCUGUCUUACAAAGCUCUGCAAGGCGCUCUCAUGAUCUACUUCUACAGGGAGGAGCCCAGGUUCCAGGUUCCAUUCCAGCUGCUCACCUCCCUCAUGGACAUUGACAUGCUCAUGACAAAAUGGAGAUACAAUCACGUAUGCAUGGUGCACCGGAUGAUUGGCAGCAAGGCAGGCACGGGGGGCUCGUCCGGAUACCACUACCUGAGAUCCACUGUCAGUGACCGCUACAAGGUUUUUGUGGACUUGUUCAACCUGGCUACAUUCCUGGUACCUCGCCACUGGGUGCCCAAGUUGAACCCCAAUGUCCACACCUUCCUCUACACAGCCGAGUGCUGCGACAGCUCCUACUGCAGCAGCGAGGACUCAGACUAGCACAGAAAACGACAAGAAAACCAUACAAACACACACACAAAAAGACUCUCGCGUCUAUCUUGUUUCUCUUUCCAUACAAUCACUGUGUUGACAGUUUUCCACUGUGCACCGAUGACGAGCCUCCUUCUCUCGACUGAAACGUUCGCUCAGUACAAUUUGGCCGUCCCGUGAGGAUGUAAAUAUAAUUACUAUUCAAGAGAAUCAUGGUGGUCAGCAUUUCAAGCAAUUUUCACAACGUGGAAAUCAAGAAAAUAUGUGUAUAUAAUGUCAAUAUCAUGCACGCUCACUAGACAUAACAUUAGGCGCACUUGCACCAAUAAGAUCCAAGAAUUCAAGUGGAGAAUUCAGCAUAGCUCACUCUUGAAUCAAUAUGUCAAAUAUCACCUGUAACAUACUUUCUAAUUUCUUGGUUGCUUUAUUUCGUGAGAUGAGCGUCAACAUCUUAGGAACAGCCCUCGGAAUAAGGCACCACCGCAACCAAGCAUACAGGUGUACCUAAUUGUGUGUCCGGUGAGAGGAAGCGUUAAAUUUACAUGCUUAAUAUAUUAUUUUUUUAUGCAGCCAGUUAUAUAAUCUUUGCAUAUGGAGCUGUACAAUUUGGUCAUACAUAUUUGUUGUUCAUAGAGUUUGUAUUAUAAGUGUUUAUGCAUACCUAAAUAAAGCCCAGCACUGA